CUCCGUCAGUCGCGCAUGCGCGCUGAGAGAAUAAGUCCUGUAUCGCAAAGCAGAAUGGAUGCUCUGGUUGUCAUGUUACACCUAAAGACUUGAUAGACAGCAAGUUAUCGGCUCGAAAUGGGAAAAGGCUGUAAAGUUGUGGUGUGUGGCCAGGCAGCUGUAGGAAAAACUGCAAUACUGGAACAGUUGCUGUACGGCAAUCACACUGUAGGCUCUGAGUCUAGUGAGACCCAGGAAGAUGUGUACGUGGCCUCGGUGGAAACUGACCGUGGCGUGAAGGAACAGCUGAGACUCUAUGAUACCAAAGGCCUCCAUGACGGACAAGACCUCCCCAAGCACUACUACUCAGUGGCAGACGGCUUCGUGCUCGUCUACAGCGUAGACAGCUUGGAGUCUUUCAAGAGGGUAGACGUCCUGAAGAAGGAAAUAGAUAAGUCCAGAGAUAAAAAAGAGGUGACCGUCAUAGUGCUUGGGAACAAGACAGACCUGCGGGAGCGGCGUCAGGUGGACCAGGAGGUGGCGCAGCAGUGGGCGCGAGGCGAGAAGGUGAAGCUGUGGGAGGUGAGCGUCGCCGAACGCAACUCCCUCAUCGAACCCUUCACCCAGCUGACCAGCCGCCUCACGCAGCCUCAGAGCAAGUCUUCCUUCCCUCUGCCGGGACGCAAGAGUAAAGGCACCCCGUCCAACGACAUGUGAAACUCUGAUGAUACACUCACUCCUUCCUGCUCCCGUUAAUGAUAGUCUGCAUUCACCUCAUGUGGGAAUAACCAGCAGGAGAAUUUAUACAGGCUUAACCGUCCAUAAUCCACAGUUUGGUUGCUUCUGUGUAGAUUAUUACUAUUUUACACACAUUCAAAUCAUUCCCUUAUUUGCUUUCUUUCAGAGAUGAGAUUGAUACCAACCUCAUGUCUGUGUGUUAAAUACACAGCUGGAAUCAGGAUGUGGUUAUCUUAGCUUAGCAUAAAGACUGGAAGCAGGGGGAAACAGCUUGUCCAAAGUGCAAAAAUACACCUACCAACACCUCUAAAGCUGGCUAAUUAACACAUAGUAUCUCCCGUGUUUAACCCACACGUUAACAGGAAUUUAAAUAUGUGUGGUUAUAGCGGGAGUUGCAUGCUGGAUUGUUUCUUGACAGUUUAUCCAUCUUCCCAGCACUACUGUGCAGUCUCCAGCUGAUGAUAAGACUUCAGGAAGUUGCUCUCAGCUGUAGUUCAGUUGGAAAUGAAAAUUUGUCGCACUUGAGGGAGUUUCAAGUUGUUACUUUACAUUGAGGAAAAACAUCUGUGCUCAGUGACUGCACACAGCCUGUCAAAGUCUUGUCACAGUGAUAUUGCCAAGUUUGAUACCAACUUGCCUUUACAUAAACCAUAUCCGACAACCUGUGAUAUAGCCACACAGAAGUGGUGGGCGGAUGGAUAAAGUGUUGUUUGUCAUGAAAUAGUUCCAACAUGAAACUCCCUCCAAAACUAAAACUUUUUUACAUUUCUGUUUGUGUAAGUAAAACAAAUUAGAUACAAUGUGUUAAUUAUAAGCUUUAGAGGUGUUGUUAUUCAUAUACCUUAAUUUUGUACAGAGCCAGGCUAGCUGUUUCCCCCAGCUUCAUGUCUUUAUGCUAAGCUAGGUUAGCUAGUCCUGACUCCAGCUCUGUCCUUAACACAGACAUGUUGAUGAUUCUCAUCUUGCUCUUAGUUAAUAAGAAAAAUUCUCAAAAUGCUCAACUAUUCCAAUGACUACGCUUCUAUUAGCUCAUCUUUUACAGCAAACUAAACAUUAAAGUAUCAACCACAAACCAAAAAUGCAAACCUGACAUUUUCCCAUUUAACAAAAUACAUGACGCUAUUUUAUCACACAGCAAAACAUCUGUCUCCAGCCAGUCAAUGAAAAUGUUUUCAUAUGCUGUUCAGUGUGUAGCACGGGCCAGAGCUUUAGUACCAAAGAUUUGAGACAACCCAAACACAGAUCUACAUUUACACUUCUGAAUAGUGCAUGUAAAAUGUUACGUUUGACUCUUUUCACUUCAUUCCUACAACCCUUGACUUCUCAAGCAGCUCACAAAAGCUACAGUCUAAUCGUAUUUUAAAAUGGCUUUUAAAAACCCUUAUUUCCCAGCUGAUGUGAAUGCAGCAUUUAUCUUUGUCCUCUGGCAGGACUCAGCUAGCCUUUGUCCAGUCCAUCUCAUAUAUCAAGUAUGGCCUGGCAGCAAUAACGUUCAUGGUACUGCCUUUACUUGUGAUGUAUGAUUUCAUAAUGUCUGUCUGACGUUAGUUGCACUCCUGUGUGUGUCGUCCAGCCUGUGUAAUCUAAUAGGGCUACUAGUUAAAGCUGUGUGUAUGCCUUUUUAACAGUAGAAAUGUCAGUGUUGAGAGGAAAUAUUUAUUUUUUAAACUAAUUUAUUUUCGUCACUUUAAUGAGCCACAUUCCUUGACUUUUGAAAAUGGUUAAACAAUGUGAAGGAUGAUCUACGCCGGUUUCUGUCCUUAAUGUUUCAAGAGUAAUAAACGUUUAAUGUGCUGCUAAUAGAACAGAGUAAUCAUG